AUGGCCGUGGUCGCCGUGGCCAAAACAGCUACCCCACAGUACUUCCGCGAGGGUGAGCACGAGCACUUCGCAUGGGACUGCAGCUCCGUUCCCAGAAGGAUUGCUGAUUUGGGACACUUCUUCCAUCGCCAUCUGAAAGAUCAGGAUGUACACGAAGACUGCAUCCGCGCCAUGCAGACCUUGGUCAAAGUUCCUGCGGUCGCUCUGAUGCUGCCAAUGCCCCUCAACGAUGAUGCACAAGAGGCAUUACGCGACAUCAAGCAAGCAGGCAUUGAGAUCGUGAUCUCGGCCGAGACGAGCUUUUGGGAGAGCCCCAGAAUGCUGUACAUCCUCAGGGUAGAGCCGGUCGAGACCAAAAGCCCAGUCGGACAACUGCAGAAGUUUCUGGAGGUAGUGGCUGAAGCCACGCUGCCUGUAAAGCCUUCUGAUGGACCAUGGCUUUGGUCCUUGCAUGAGCCU